CCUGACUGCGUUCCUGAAAAACCUCUGCAAGGAAGAGGUGAGGUUUCAACGUCCAGUACAGCCAGAAAGGCCUUUCCUAGGUGUCUGAUCCGGCUCUCUAACCUGGGGGGCCACAGAACUUGGAGGCCUUCUCCAGGACCCCUGGCUGAGCCUUCACGGGGACUCCCCGGCUUCCUGAACGCCUCCCCUGCUCCCUUCGCUAAGGGUGCACAGCCUUGUCACCUUCCUCCCGGGAGCUCCUCCAGAUGCCCCAGCUGCUGGAGCCUUGAGGACACUCCCCCUCUCUUUGGAACGUGGCUUUUUGUCUAGUCUUGGUAUCCUCACAGGUAGCCCUGUCCUCCAGAGUGACUUCUUUCCCCCAUGACUCGCUCUGAGUCAGUGUUUGUUGAAUGACUGACAGAAUGACUGAGAACACACUCAGGUGCCAGAUACGGGUGGGGGGGGAGCCGGGUGCUCAGUAGCGCGCCCUAGAGCUCAUGGGUGUGACACGGCAUGGAAAAGCGGGGGUCUCUUCAGGGGCGGUGAAGGUAAGGAUCUGCAGAUGAGGCCAUCCUGGCUGGGGUGGCCUGGGAGGAUGGAGCCUGGAACCCCGAGGAGCCGGACGAGACAGGAGGGGUCCCCCCCGGAGCCUUCGGAGGGAGCGUGGCCCUGCCGAUAGCUGGCUGCAGGCUUCCAGUGCCCGAACUGUGAGAGAACGAAGCUCCAUUGGUUUUAGCCCCCAUUUCAUUGCAGUUGGUCAGGGCAGCCUCGGAGACUCCUCCAUGGGGGAAGUCAAGACCUCUGCUUCUCUUUGGACGUCUGUCCAUCCUGCCAUCUGUCAUGCACACAAUCACUUCUUCACUUGGGACCCCAGGGCUGGGCUCUGCUGGUCGGGCAGGCCGUGGUGGGAUGCAGGUUUGGGGAUGAUAGACCCGGGCCUGAGUCCCAGGCCUGUCACUUACCAGUGGUCUUGUGCUGAGCCCAAGGCCUGCCCUGCGUGGAGCACGAUGGUGACAUCUCCUUGGGAUUUGACGUGCGGGCUCAGACCCCUGGCACCAGCUGCGGGCCCAGGCUCCCAGCCCUGCUUAGCUGGUGGCAGCCCGAGUGCCACGCGAGAUGUCCAGCUGGGCACUCCUGGGCCAACCGCCCAGACCCCUUUCCCUGUCCCUGCUAACAGGCUGGCCACCCGGCAGUCCCGUGUUUACUGAGCAUGCUGUGUGUGGAGCCUGCAAAGGUAUAAUCAGUCUGCUGGUGACACGGGAUUGAGACCGUCCGAAACGACAUGGAGGAGAACGCUUGGCACCAAUCUUGUGUCCGCCAGGGUCUCACGUCGGAGACACAGUGUCUGCCAGAGUGUGGUCCGGACCACAGCGCCCUCCCUGGACCACAACACCUGCCCCACCCCCUGGAGCCUGGGUAUCUCGAGGAAGCACCUGCUGGCUGCCCGGGGCCUUUGCACGCGCUUGAGUCCAUAGCGGCCCCUCAGCCCACUGCGAGCGGCAAGGUGGGCAGACAGACCCCUUCGCAGAUGGGAAACUAGGCUCGGAGAGAUCACACGCUCCUAGCAAGUGCAGACACUGAGCUCCAGGCUCUCCCUGGUCCCACUUCCUCAGACUGGGGGCCUGGAGAGGGACCCUUUGCCCAGGGCCCAGGAAAUGCAGCUGUACCGCAGGAGCAAGCCUGAGCUCUGUCCGUGAUGGCUGAGGACCAUGUGACCUUGAAGUCUGGGUUUGGGGGUAAGGCCAUGGAGGGAGCCACAGGCAGCCGCCCAGGCCUCCCGGAGAAGCCAGUUCCCACGGCCGCCAGCCCCACUCUGUCCUCGCUGGGUGCCGUCUUCAUCCUCCUGAAGUCUGCACUGGGGGCCGGCCUGCUCAACUUCCCCUGGGCCUUCUACAAGGCGGGUGGGGUGACCCCUGCCUUCUUGGUGGAGCUGGUCUCCCUGGUCUUCCUCAUCAGCGGGCUGGUCAUCCUGGGCUAUGCUGCUUCCGUCAGCGGCCAGGCCACCUACCAGGGCGUGGUUGGAGACCUGUGCGGCCCCACCAUUGGGAAGCUGUGUGAGGCCUGCUUCAUUGUCAACCUGCUCAUGAUCUCCGUGGCCUUCCUCAGGGUGAUUGGGGACCAGCUGGAGAAGCUGUGCGACUUCCUGCUGCCCAGCGCCCCGCCGGCCCUGCAGCCCUGGUACACCGAGCAGCGCUUCACCCUGCCCCUGCUCUCCGCACUGGUCAUCCUGCCGCUGUCCGCCCCACGGGAGAUCGGGUUCCAGAAAUAUACGAGCAUCCUAGGCUCCCUGGCCGCCUGCUACCUGGCCCUGGUCAUCAUGGUGCAGUACUACCUCGGUCCCCCAGGCCUCGUCCAUGAGCCCCACCCUGCAGCGAGGCCCUCCUCCUGGACCUCCGUGUUCAGUGUCUUCCCGACCAUCUGCUUCGGAUUCCAGUGUCACGAGGCCGCGGUGUCCGUCUACUGCAGCAUGCGCCACCAGAGCCUUUCCCGCUGGGCCCUGGUCUCCGUGCUGUCCCUGCUGGCCUGCUGCCUCAUCUACUCGCUCACAGGAUUUUAUGGCUUCCUGACCUUUGGGACGGACGUUUCUGCCGACAUCUUGAUGUCCUACCCUGGCAACGACGUCGUCAUCAUCGUGGCCCGGGCUCUUUUCGGGGUCUCCAUCGUGACUGUCUAUCCCAUCGUGCUCUUCCUGGGGAGGUCGGUGAUGCAGGAUUUCUGGAGGAGGAGCUGCUGCCUGGCAGGUGGGCUCAGGGCCCUGGCGGAGCCCUCGGGGCCGUGGGUCCGGGGGCUGCUGACCGUGCUGUGGGUGGCCGUGACGCUGGCCAUGGCCCUGUUCCUGCCCGACCUCAGCGAGAUCAUCGGCAUCAUCGGGGGCGUCAGUUCCUUCUUCAUCUUCAUCUUCCCAGGCCUGUGCCUCAUUUGUGCUGUUGGCGUCGAGCCCGUGACUCCACGUGUCAAGUGCUGCUUGGAGGUGUGGGGAGUGCUCUCCGUGCUCGUGGGCACCUUCAUCUUCGGGCAGAGCACAGUGGCCGCGGCCUUGGAACUCUUCUGAGCGGGAGGGGUCGGCCCGGCCUCCACACGGCGCUGGUGCAGCACCCCUGUCCUUCCAUCAUAAAGAUGCUGCAGAAAUGGAUGCGUCCUGUCUUCUGAGGGUGCUCAUUUGGGCUUCUCUGGGUUUGGAGGGUUUCAGGUGUGGUGCCGAGGAGGGUGUAUUGAUGUCCUGGGACUCCCCUAACAGAAGGCCACGUGCUGGGGGCCUCAGACAGCAGCCAUCGAUCCCCGCAGUCCCGGGGGCUGGGGUCUGAGAUUGAGGCCUGGGCAAGGCCGUGCUCCCUCUGAGGGCUCUUGGCGAGCCCUCCCGCCUCCAGCCUCCUCCGGCUGCUGGUGUUGCUGGCCAUCCUGGGCAUGUCUUGGCCUGUAGGUACACCCCGUUCGCCUCGGCUCCCUGCCCCCAACAUGGUAUCCGCCCUGCGUGUCUGUCCAGAGUUCUCUCCUCUGACAAGGACACCAGUCACUGGCUCUGAACCACCCUAGUGCAGGGUAACCUCCCCUGAACUUAGGGGCUGCAAAGAAGUCACGGUCACAAGUCCCCAGAGUCGGGACUUCCACUCACCAUCUCCAGGGGAUACAGUUGAGACCAGAAGUUGGGGCUGAGGCCCAGGGACCUCAGCUUUGGCCCCCACUCUGAUGGGAGGACCCCGAGGAGAGCCCCCUUUCCCUUCCGGCUGGACCUGAAGAGCCUGGGAGCCCAGUGGACUGUUGGCUCUGUCCUUCCUUCCCUCCCAACCCCAGCCAGUCCUGGGGUCAGGGUUACACCUGCAGCUGGGGACAAGGGGCCCUGGGGGUCGGCCCUGGGCCCAGGGUAGGGGAGAGGGUGGGGAGGGAGGCAGCCAGGGGCCCAGCUGCUCCUGUCACUGUGCUCGUUGGCACUGACCCUGCAUGGGACCUGGGGUGUCUGGGCUGUCACUGGAUCUGGGCCACUCUUCCUCUGCCUUGGGACGUCGGCCAGAAGCAGCGGUGCUGGAGCCAGGAGAUGGUGAUGAGAAACCUGUGCCACCAGCAGUCCCUGCCUGGCCCCGGGGAGCAUGAGGCUGCUGUCUCCGUGGACGUGCUGCUUCCGGACACUCUGUGAGCAGCCUUCGUGUCUGGCUCCUUUGACUUCAGUAUGUUUUCAAAUUCGUCCAUUUUACAGAUCUGGGGAGUUUAUGAACCGCCUGUGGGAGUCUGAUUCUCCACCGGCCACAUUGAGCAGCCCGGCGGGCUCCCUGUGAGAUUCAGAGGUGAUGGUGUGUCUACAGCAGCGGUAGGGGGGCCUGAGCCAUGGUCGCUUUAUUUCCAGAAAACCUAGGUUGAGAGGAGGUGAACACAGAGCUUCCUGGCAGCCGAGAAGAAAGGGAAGUAGGGUGCUAGGGCCCACCCAAAGCAGGACGGCACGUCAGGGGGCAGCAGACUGGUACUCCAUGCUGGGGGAGAGGAGAGUGGGAGAGGGUGGGACCCUUGAAGGGUGUGCCCACCCAACAGGGGAUAGGACAGAAGCCGUGUCCUCAAGGUCAUGGUGGCAUCAUGUAGGGCUUUGGGUGGGCUCUGGGUUGGAAAGAUCUGAGCCCGUCCUGCCUGCCGUCAAGCAGCAGUGGCAGCCUUGGCUAGCCUGUGGCCUCAGGUCGCUAUCCCAGGCAAACAUCCGCUGUGCCGUUGUCAGCCGCGGCGUCCUUUCUCUGUAGGUCAGCAGCCACCGCCUCUCUUCUGCCUUGUGGUCCGCAGUUUGCGUCCUUGCUGUCCUCUAAAACCAAGCUAAGGACAGCCCCUCUCCCACCCCAGGUUAGCAGGGAGUGUGCGCUGAGACCUCCCCGUAACGCUGUCGGCACAGAGGCUGGCCUGUCACGGGCCACGGUGACCGCUGUGCAUGAGGGUAGACACACGUCUCAAAUAAUCCUGCAGACGUGGCCAAGGGAGGUUUUGUGUCACAGGCUGGCCUCCACACACCCCCCACGGGAGGCUCGGGUGUGGAACUGGACACGGUGAGAACGUGGAUCGGCCACUGAACGCAGGUGGGGACCUUCUUGAUGUGGACACGUGAGCUGAUGGGGGUUUGGGGAGGGGCGGCGCGGAGGUCAGCUUGAUGUCACGCUGAAGGAACCGCCGUAGGUGUACGAUUCAGUUACUGCAGUGAUGGGUAGACACCUCCGCCUGGUUCCCAAACACUCCUGUCCCCCCAGCAGGAAACCCCGUCACUCCCUCCUCCCUCGGACCCCAGCCCGGAAACCCCUAAUCUCCUCUCCGUGCCUAUAGACACUAUUCUAGACGUUCCGCGUGAAUGGGAUCACAUGCUAGAUCCCUCCGUGGCUGGUCCCGUGCAUGUGGCUUUGUGUUUUCACGGGUCAUUUGUGAUGUGCAGGGGUCCAUACUGUGUUCCUUUCUGUGGCUGAACAAGACUCCCUGGUGUGGCCGGAGCUCACGUGGUCUGUCCACCCGCUGACGGCCUUCGGAGCUCACAUGUCUCUCCUUAGUCGUCUGGGGGCGUGGGGUAGACCUAGGAAUGGGCUGGCCAGCUCCUAGAGUAACCGUCUUUGACUGAGGAACCUGAUCGAUAUCUAAAUGACCCAGCCUAGGGCUGUUCCCACAUGUCUGUGCUGAGUGGCACAGGGGCUUGGGCACCAGGCUGGGGACAGGUAGCUCUGGGUUGGGAUGUAAGUGGUGCCCUUAGCUUGCUGUGUGACCUCUGGUGAGUUGCUUGCCCUCUCUGUUUACAUGACCCCGCCCCCCGCCGGGAGCCUGCCGAUCCUAGGAUGGCACGGGCGGCAUUGAGGGAGAUGGUGUCUGCAUGCCUGGCCGUGAAGUGUAAAUUCAGUGGGCGCUCUGAUACCUUUCAGGGUUGAAAUCUGUUCUCCCUGGAGCCUGUUCCCACCUACUCAGAAUCUACUGAGGCUCUGCGAGCUCAAGCUGCCGUCAGCAGAGAUGCCACAGUCUGGGCGCAGUGCUCGGGCCAGCGGGCAGGACGUGUGGCAGAAGUGUAACACGCCCAGCUCGUGGGGUUCCUCAGCUGUACCCCAAGGAGCCGAGAAUCUUUGUAAAACCACGGAGCUGAUGGGAGCAGCACUGGCUUUGGGGGUGCUUGUGGAUGCUGUGGGCGGGACCCCGUUACAUGCCACUCUCAGGAGUAGCAGUUCCGGUCCUCAAGGAAGGGUCUUUUCCCGCUUCACGGAUGAGAAAACAGGGAUUCAGGGAGGCUGGCUGCAGGGACGUGCUGCUGGGAGGUACGUAGCUGGGGUUGGAACUUGCUUUUUACGUUUCCCGCAAGCCCACCUUGUGGGUCACUGGGUGUGCCUGAAGGGCCAGCAUCCACCCCUGUCAGGAGGUGGCAGGACCCAAGGUGGGAGGGAGCAGGGGCCUUACGGCUCCCAGCAGCCCCACAUGGCAGUGACAACUGUCCUCUCGUUGCCAUGUCCCAGGCUGGCUGCUCUGGGCGCCUCCGUGGCCCCAGAACUCCCACCAGGCCCCACCGACACACUGUUGCCCUGGCUGAGGACCGCUCUCUUUCCUGGUCCCUUGGGAUUCCUGUGUCUGACCUGUCUGUUCCCAGGACAGGGAAACAGAGUGGGGACGUUAAAGAGGUUCCAGAACAGGACUUGAAAUAAUGUAAGUCUCGAGUCUUGUUGGAAUAGCUCUCUUACAGGUGUGCAGUGAAGGAGCCACGUGCCCUCGGACUUCGGCUGCUGGGAGGGAAGCUCUAGAAUGUCCUGAUCUCAAACCUUUGUUUACUUGGCGGCCUCCGACCUGGAGGUUUCCGCUUGACUGCAGGAGGGCUGGAGACAAAGUCAGCACGGGGCAGGGCUGGGCCCCCAUCGCCCAGGCUCUGGAGAGCAGGACUGUGCCCGUCGUCACAGCGGAGUGAACUGGCUCCGCUGAGUUCCACGAGUCCUUGUCGUGAACCCCUGGGCCCAAGGGGAGCGCCCGGAGCCUCCCAGGACUUCGGAGCGGGCACGGCCUUGUCCGUCAGACGUACCUCAGAUCGAUCAGCUCCGUGUUCCAGGACCCGCUGCACACCCACUUCCGUCUACCUGGCACCAGGAUCCUGGAGAGGGCCUCAGGCUGACUCAGCGUGUCCACCUUGACGUGCCGGAACGCCUUGCACACGGGGCUCUGCAGGGGCGCUGAGGGUGGGGGACUGCCUGGGCUCGAGGCCUGCUCACCUCCUCCACUCCUCCUCCGUCUCCCAGAACUCGUAGACCACGAAGGUGAAGCCAUCAGCCAGCCUCACGGCCGCAAUGCUAAAAGAGAAGCACCAGUUAGGGGGCUGUCCGACUGUCCCCCUCAAGGCAGCCCCCCCCCCCGAGACUGGCAGGAGGUGGGAGGGUGUCCCUCUGCCCCCACCACAGGGCCCAGCCCUUCAGAGACCAAGGAUACUCACCAAAUGCAUUACAAAACAAUGAUGCUUUAAAAGGGUUUCUAUUCGUUUAAAAACCUUACCUUUAAAAAUAAAAGCAUCUUUCUCUGGCCACGCUCUCC